AUGGACUCAUUCUCUGCAGGGCCGAUAGUGUACUCGACAUUGGAAGCUGACGAGCUGUAUGAGAGUGCUGACGAUAGCGAAGGCGAAGGACAAGGUCGUGAGGGAGCCGCGGAGGCAGAAGAGCUCACUACGCACGGACAUGAUUCCAACAGGACAGAGAUUGUGAACUCGCGUUUCAGGGUGUGGAAGCAAUCUGCAGGCAAAGAUUGCAGCAUAAUCAAUCAGAUUUUUGAUCGGCUGCAUGUACACUCGCACGAAGUGACCUUUGCUUCUUCCGUCCGUUGCCUGAAGAUGGACUUUUCGAUAGUCGGCAUGCGAGGAGUUUACGAGCAGCGGUCCUGUGCGGACCCCUCUCCAACGUGGGAACUCUCUCAACGAAGCGGGCAACUUGUACAAGUCCCCAAUCUCAAAGCAACAUGGCUCCUGGACGAGGAGACCGUGCUCACAUGUUGCCACUAUGCUGGCGAGGCCACCGAGAGUUGGGUGGACGAAAAGCGACUUGCAGAGCGAUUCGGUUCAGAGACGUUGGAGCGUAUGGGUGGGCUGAGCGUGCUUCUCCAGUUGAUCGGCUUGAUCUGUGCCGAUGCGGGUGCCGGCUAUGCGGCCCAGCUUCCAUUCGGUCUGCCCGAGGCCAUCGUGUACCUGCGGGAGGCCUCAACCCUGCCAAGCAUGCGAAGCAUAUUCCGUAGUCUGCAAGUGAGGCUGACACUCCACCGAGAGCGGAACCCUCUGGCGGAUACGGGAUGUCAAAAGAGGCUCAGAGAAGAGCUGUCCAAACUCACAACUGCUUUGGCCCUCCAGCUCUGGCAGGUUGCAAGUGCCUUCGUGCCAAAGGCGCCGAAGCCCCUACCAGCCACAAGUGCUGUUGCCUUCAACACGUCCAAAACACUUGCCGUCUGUUGUCACUGUAGUCGUGGUCUCGUGGUCUUUCUGCUCGUGCUCGUAGUUUGUUGA